GCACAUCGUAAAAGAAAGUCAAUCGGAUUUCAUGGCGCAACAGGCUCGCGCACCCCAGCUACGUCCCAAAAGAUUUACCCUACAUAAGGCAACCAGAGGAACGAUGCAAAGCAUACACUAUAGCUAAAAAGAACAAGAAUACAAACAAGGAAUGAUAGCACGAACUUGCCACAGAGCCUCUCGAGUUAGUCUUCGUGGACAUAAUAGGAUCGUUCGCAACGUCAAUCGUAUCAAUCAGAGACGACUUUUCUGGCAUGACCAAAGAGUAUCCGAUCCGCGAUCUGAAAGCAACAACAAUUGUUAACGCUAUGUUACGCACAUUCGAUGAAUGGUACGCUUUUGGGACCUUUUCUAAGUCACAACUAGACCCUCCUUAUUAUACCAUGUCAUCCUAAAGCGGAAUAACUAAAAUCCGCCCGGAUGGGACCGAGAAAUUUCGGCGCAUUCACGACCUCUCAUUCCCCAAGAAAGGCAAGCACAAGGGCAUUAGUUCACACAUAGCUUACGGAAAAAAAUAGAUACACUAGCUUGCGCUGUUUUAUCGACGGGAUAAAUAGUCAUCCACCCGGCACGCUCAUGAGCGUUAUGGAUAUCGUAGGAGGCUUCAGGCUCAUGCCAGUCCACAAACACGAAGUUCCACUCCUAGGCUUCGAAUGGCAGGGCCUCUACUAUUUUGAACAAUUGUGCCUACCAUUCGGUUUGGCAAGCUCUCCCGCACUAUACGAAACUUUGGUCUCCACUCUCGACUAGGCACUGCACCAAGCUCAACUGUUCUUUGCACAUUGGGUUGAUGAUUUUCCAGUACUCUAUACAACUUGCGGUCAUCACCGACACCCUUGCUCGAUUCAACAUCAAAAUACACAGUGUUAAGUUCAUUGGAAGCGCUUCGUCGGCAGUCUAAAUAUGAGUGCUAUUCGAUAUACAGACCCGUACAGUAAUCAUACCGCUAGAGAAACGUAGCAAAUACGCAUCGAGACUAAGUUCUUUAGCGCUGAAGGACACGGCCACAUACCAGGAAAUCUCAAGUUUGUCGGUGAAGCUUGUUUGGCAGACAGCCAUUCUCCCUCAGGCACGCCCCUACAUUCAACGUCUAUUCUGGUUACUACCCGCAGGGGAAGCAUGGGUACAGCAUCAUCACAAGCUCAUCCCCACUAAAAUCAGGUACGACAUGGUGUCACUUCAAAGAAUUCUAGACAAAUGGGGCGGCACCGCAUGACUGUUCACACAGACCUUGAAAGCUACUCCGAUAAUCUGCACAUACACCGCGGAAAGAGAGUGCGUGUGUACGACGAGUUCGCAGAAAUUUUGUUACCAAUCUCAAAAACCAGCCUCGACCGCUUCAUAACCAAUAUAAUCCCCAAACUACCAGCAAACAUGGCUCACUCGCACCGAUUCCGCAAACCCCUUACUGCCCGUGGCCUCGGCAACAGAAACUACAGCGGCCACUCUUUACGCAUCGGAGGUUUGACAGCCCUUCGCGAAGUAGGGGUUAAUGAAUCAGAGACGAUGAUUACUGGCCGCUGGACGUCGGCGGUUAACAUGCGAUAGGCUCGCGAUCGUCAUAACUCAGAACGGCUUACCUCAACGGUCACCUCCCUUCUAUCGGCUAUCACUGAUCAAGCUCCAAGAACUUUCAUCAGCCCAAACGUCGGAAGCCACAACCCUUAGGUUGGGUAAUCGAC